GCGCAGCUCUGAUGCUUACGAGCGGAGCUAAACAUGGCGCAGUUUACUUACAGCAGAUUGAAUCAUUUACUGAGACUAUCAGUAAAUAAACCGUCACUUUUACGAACAGGGGUAGAAUUAACUGACGGACCUGCCUGUUAUGUGCAGUUCGUUCGCCGCCAGAGGUCGGUGGACAGUAAGACGUUACAGGAGAGACAGAGGCAGCAGAUGGCCAAAGGUCUGCCCAAACAGAAGCCCAUCACAGGCGUUAAACAGAUCAUCGUCGUAGCUUCAGGAAAAGGUGGCGUUGGAAAGUCGACGACGGCAGUGAAUUUAGCUCUGGGACUUUCUGUCAAUGAUCCAUCCAAGUCUGUGGGUUUGUUGGACGCUGACAUUUACGGUCCAUCCAUCCCCAAACUGAUGAAUCUGAAGGGAAACCCAGAGCUGUCAGACGAUAAUCGGAUGCUCCCACUCAUCAACUACGGCAUCCCCUGCAUGUCCAUGGGUUUCCUGGUGGAGGACGCGGCUCCCAUCGUGUGGCGGGGGCUGAUGGUGAUGUCGGCCAUAGAGAAGCUGCUCAGACAGGUGGACUGGGGACGGUUGGACUACCUGGUGGUGGACAUGCCCCCGGGGACAGGGGACGUCCAGCUGUCAAUCACACAGAACAUCCCAGUAUCAGGCGCCGUCAUCGUGUCGACGCCACAGGACAUCGCUCUGCUGGACGCUCGUAGAGGAGCAGAGAUGUUUAAGAAAGUCAACGUACCGGUUCUGGGUCUGGUCCAGAACAUGAGCGUCUUCCAGUGUCCCAACUGCCACCAUCAGACCCACAUCUUUGGCUCGGAUGGCGCCCGGCAGCUCGCCCAAACCCUGGGAGUUCCAUUUUUAGGUGAUGUUCCUCUGCAUCUGAACAUCAGAGAAACAUCGGACAAGGGAAAACCAGUGGUCAUCUCCUCCCCUGACAGCCCAGAGGCGGAGGCAUACAGGAAGGUGGCGUCCGCCGUCGUCCAGAGGUUAGAGGUCAUUAACAGCUGACGUUAACGAGGACGUCUGUGUCAAACCCAAUGACAGAGUCGUAAACACCGACAACUACAGCUGGGUUUAUAAAAACACCACAGUUUCAAACCCAGGACACAUCAGAGGGCUUUGGAGGACUUUUCUGUGUCUUUAUUCCACUGAUUCUCACUUACAAACCCACACAAAUGUACAAAUACAAAAACAAAUGCAUCUGAUAAAACUGUUGCGUUGUGCAGUUUCCAAUAAAGGCAAUUAUUUAAUGUAAAAAAAUAAAAAAAACAAAACGUGUCCUUUCGUGGGUCUCAGGAGGAUAAACACCAUCAAACAUGAACCAGGCCUCCGAGCCUCCAGGGGGCGGUCCAGACCUACAGGGGGCGGUCCAAACCUACAGGAGGUGGUCCAGACCUCCAGGGAGCAGUCCAGACCUACAGGGAGUGGUCCAGACCUACAGGGAGUGGUCCAAAUCUACAGGGGGCGGUCCA